UAUAAACUAGGCAAUUUUGAAUCGAGUUUCAUCAUUGUAAUUUUUUUCAUUGAAUUUUUUUCUGAAUAAUAAUGUUACGAAUUCAAACAAUUCGGAGGUUAUCUCAGUUGUUGAUUGUCAACUAUCCUAGAUCUUUAUGCUUAACGACGACAAUCAAUUAUUCAAGUUUCAAAUUUCCUUUAUUUCAAAAACAAACUAGGUCAACUUUAGCCAUCGUUCAUGAUCGACAGUCGAAUGAAGACAACAAUAAUAAUGAUGAUAAUCAAAAACCUAAACAUUUUCAAUUAAGAUGGGAUCUGAUUACAUCGAUUCUUGUUUUGUUGGGUAUCGAAGAUUCAUCAUCCGAUGAUCGUCCAAAAGAUUCACCAUUGAUAUUGGCAAUCAAACGUGGCAUAUUGGCCAAACAACGUAAACAACAUCAUUAUGCAGAAAUGUUGCUUCAUACUGCAUUGAAAAUGGCUCAAGAUUUAUCCUAUACUGAUGCCGAAACCUAUAUAUUCGAUGUAAUGGCCGAUAAUUAUUUUGAAAAAGGUGAUUAUAAACGAGCAAUCGAUCUUUAUCUAGAAGUUUUAACAAGAUUAUCGAAACGUGAAGAUUUUACUCAAGAUUGUGAAGCAUUAAUUGAAAUAAGUAUUAAACUAUCAUAUUGUUAUGGACAAUUGAAUCAACCAGAUUCAGCUGAAAAAGGAUUUCAAUUUUCCAUUGAUACUCAAUUGAUUCGAACUGAUACAUUUUUUGAUGAUCGUAAUGGUGAAUUACGUUCGAUUGAAUGGUUAAAUAAUGAUGAACAACGUAAUUCUUUAGCAUUGCUUGGAAUGGCCUAUGAUUAUUAUUCAAAACAUUUGGAAAAACUUUCAUCAAAAUUAUUGGAUCGUGCUUUAAUAUAUCGUACUAAAGCAUUAAAAAUAUCAAUUAUAGUUAACGGGAAUGAACAUCAACAAACAUUAAUAUUGGAAAAUGAUAUUGCUGACCUAUAUGCACGAAUGGAAAAAUUCAAUCAUGCUAAACGUUAUCUUCGUAAUGCUAUCGAUAAGGCACAAGAAAUGCAACUAAUAGAUUUAUUACCAAUUUUAUAUAUGAAUUUAGCAUCAAUUUAUUGUCAAAAUAAUCGUCCAGAUUUGGCUAAAAAAUAUUGCCAUCAAACAAUGGAUAUUGUAUCUAAAUGGCCAAAACAAUCUUCUAAUGAUAAAUUUGAACAAUUACUUACGGAAAAAGAACGUACAAAAUUAAUGGAAAAAUGUGAAUUAUGUUUAAAUGGGCAACGAUUUUAUUAAAAAUCAGAGAAUUUCAAGCAAGCAAUCGAUCGAUCGAUCCUAAUAUCAAUAUUUAUUUUAUU